AGGACGAAAAAACAAAGGGACACUGCUAAUCGUCGGCCUAGACCAAGAAGAAAACACCGCCGAGUCGGGUCGACUGACUCUGACUCUGAUUCUGACUCAGAAGAAGAAGAACAAGAACAACAAGAAGAAGAGGAAGAGGAAAAAGAAGAAGAAGAAGAAGAAGAAAAAGAAGAAGAAGAAGAAGGAGAAGGAGAAGAAGGAGAAGAAGAAGAAGGAGAAGGAGAAGAAGGAGAAGGAGAAAAAGAAGAAGAAGAAGAAGGAGAAGGAGAAGAAGGAGAAGAAGAAGAAGAAGGAGAAGAAGAAGAAGGAGAAGGAGAAGGAGAAGGAGAAGGAGAAGGAGAAGGAGAAGGAGAAGGAGAAGAACAAGACUAAGAACAACAAGAAGAAGAACGCUAAACAGUGA